CGGACGUCACGUCGUCAUCUUGUGAACUGCGCCGCUUCACAGCCCAUCUUAACCGACGGAUGUAUCAAAAUACUCGACGGAUAAAAGUGCACGGUAUUUGACAUAUCUUAAUAGAAUAAGGGUCGGGUGUUUAAUUGUGAUUAUAAGGUUAAAUGGUCCAUAUGACCAUGCGCCACCACAGUAAGCGAGCUAGCUAGCUCGGUCUGUGUUAGCAUUAGCAUUGUUAGCAUUUAACAUUGUUUAGCAUCCAGGCCCCGGUUCAAUGUGAGCACAAAGGCUGUGCUCCAUCUUCUCUUCAGAGCAAUGUUUCCUUCCUGGGGGAAUUACGGUGCACCGCCAUCGCAGAACUAUGGAGGGCCUGGACCUCGGAAAAUGCCUGGUGGAGGACACGUUGGUCCCCAGGCGGGAUACGGCGGCCUACAGGCCCCGCAGGGUGGCUCUCUCUUCUCCAGUCUGCAGGAGCAGCACCUUCAGCAGAUGCAGCAGCUGCAGAUGCUCCACCAGAAGCAGCUCCAGACGGUGCUGCACCACGGCAAUGCGGCUCCACCUUACGGCGGAGGACACCCGGACGGGUUUCCGGCACCACCGUCGUGGCAAUCUACAGAACCGGGCCACUUGGACGGCGAAGGGGGGACCCAGCUUCAUUUAAAAGGCGGGGGCGCGUUACCGACACCACCCGACCUGUCGAAGCCGCCGCAGACUGAGUCUCAGCCGGCUCCCCCUCUAUCCGAGCCCCCGUCAUCGAAACUUCUCGAUUCCAAUGCUGCUCUUAAGGCUAACGAUGGGAAAACACAGGAAGACGACAAAUCGUCUUUGCAGAAUCAGCAGCAACUUUGGUACCAGCAACAUCUUCAGAACCUGCACAAGUUAAGGCAAGAGAAACAGAACCAAAAAGAUGCCAACUUUGCUAUGUCGCAGACAGCGCCACCCAAUUGCCAAGGCAAACAGCCUCCACCUCCACCAGAAACACCAAUGGGUGCACCGCCUCCGCCCCCUCCUAAGGAGGAGCCCCCAGCACCACCUCCACCUCCAGAGCCGGAGUCAAAGAAAGACUCAGAAGAGAAUGUCCGUCUCCAGCAGUUACAGGCUGCAGCGGCUCAAUGGCAGCAGGUUCAGCAGCAGAGAGUAAGCUUACAUUACCAGGCUCUUAUGCAACAGCAUGAGAGUCUUCAGAAGAUACUGGAAAAGUAUCAGCAGCUAAUUCAGCAACCUCCAAACCUACAGACCAUGUCAAAUGAAAUGCAGCUGAGGCAUUAUGAAAUACAAAAGCAGCAGUUCACUCCUCUUUACCAAGACUGGGAAAAUUCCUUCAGGUUGUGGUUCGAGCAGUUCCAAACGUAUCCCCACAAAGACCAGCUGCAUGACUACGAGCACCAGUGGAAGCAGUGGCAGGAUCAGAUGAAUGCCACCAAUGGCCACCUUUUAGAGAGGAUCGCAACUCUCACUGCAAUGGUGCCGUACGCUGCAAGCCAAUAUAAUAAUGUCGUUAUGGGGCAAUAUGGAGCAUACCCUGGACAGGACAUGCAAAUGCCGCCGCCACCAGUAAAUGCAGGUAUGCAGUCGACCGCGGUUGCUGCCGGUCCCACACCCCAAGGGCAGCCGCCCACACCAGCUAUCGCACCACAACAUGCAGGCGGGCCCCCUCCUGGAGUCGGACCCACAGGUCAUCCAAAUAUUCCACCGCCAAACUUCAACAACAUGGGGGGUCCAUGUGUAAACACCCCUGCUUUCAAUCAGGCACAUAUGUCAUUUGAUGGAAAGCCAAGAUUUGAUCAACCCACACAACGUUUUGACCGCCCCCCUCCAUUGACUCAACUUCAACCCACACAGCAAUUUGAUGGUCCCCCUCGCUUUGAUCAACCACAUCAGCGUUUUGAUGGUCCCCCUCGCUUUAACCAACCAGUGUCACGCUUUGAGGGUCCUCCCCAGUUUGAUCAUGCCGGUCAGAAUUUUGAUAAUCCCCCAAGAUUUGACCAUCCACUAAGAAAUAACCCACCCCGAUUUGGUAGGCAGUCUAGAUUUGAUCAGCCCCCAAAACAGACUGGCCCAACAGUGCCCCCACAAAGACAACCGGAAACUCUGACUCAAGGAGAGCAAAUUCCCAGACCACCUCUCAAUGUGGCUUCUUCAUUACAACCUAUCAAGAAGUCUGAGUCUGAUCAACAGAAGAGAAAUUCUAAAUUUAUUACUGCGAAAGAUACGACAGAUGAUAUGGUUCAAAGUGAUGGAUUUUUUAUCCCCACUGAUCCAAUACCACAAACCAAGUUUCCAGACAAAAUUGAUAAUUCUGAAAAUACUUCUAAUAUCGAAAAGCCCAAACCUUUAAACACCAAGUCUACUAACCUUGAAUCCAAACAAACCAAUGUACCAGAUGGACCGUUGAAAAAUGACAACAACCCCACAGUGGCACCAGAGAAAAGACAGGAGACUCCACCAUCCAAAACAGAACCUGCAAGGCCUCCCCUGGGUAAAGUCCCUGUGCAAGGUGCGGGACGAGGUCAGGCCCCGGUGUCUGUCCAAGGUGCGGGACGAGGUCAGGCCCCGGUGUCUGUCCAAGGUGCGGGACGAGGUCAGCCCCCGGUGUCUGUCCAAAAUGCGGGACGGGGUCAGCCCCCGGUGUCUGUCCAAGGUGUGGGACGAGGUCAACCCCCAGUGUCUGUCCAAGGUGCAGGCCGAGGUCAACCCCCGGUUUCUGUCCAGGGUGCAGGACGAGGUCAGCCCCCAGUGUCUGUCCAGGGUGCAGGACGAGGUCAGCCCCCAGUGUCUGUCCAAGGUGCAGGACGAGGUCAGCCCCCGGUGUCUGUCCAAGGUAGAGGACGAGGUCAUCCCCCGAUGUCUGUCCAAGGUAGAGGACGGGGUAAUGAGCAGAGGGGGCAUGAAGACUUCAGAGGACAUAGCAUUGUACCCUCUAAAGGGCAGAUUAAUGAAGUGUCUCAAGAUUUUAUGCCACCCGAGGAAGAAGAAUCUGUGCAGGAGCAACAAGACUACCAAUGGCAGGAUCCUUCAUUUGAGGAGUUUGGUGGUGAGGUGUCUGAGGCACCUGAUGAGGAAAUGUGGAUGCCUGAGGAUCAUCACUUCCAAACAGAAGAGGAAUAUUAUGAAGAACCAAUGCAAGGACAUCCUAUGGGAAGAGGGGGGUUCUCGAUGAUAAGAGGACGUCCCCCUAUGGGCCGAGGAUGUGGCCCCAUGGGUCGAGGGGGUCUUCUUUUAGGCCGAGGAGGACCACCAAUGGGCCGAGGAGGACCUCCAAUGGGCAGAGGUGGGCUGCCUAUGGGUAGAGGAACUCCACCCAUGGGACGUGGAGGUCCACCCAUGGGACGUGGAGGUCCACCCAUGGGACGCGGCGGUCCACCCAUGGGGCGGGGAGGUCCACCCAUGGGGCGCGGAGGUCCACCCAUGGGGCGCGGCGGUCCCCCCAUGGGCCGAGGGUUCCCCCCCAUGGGCCGAGGCGGCCCCCCCAUGGGCCGAGGCGGCCCACCCAUGGGACGAGGAGGUCCUCCCUUGGGAGGGGGAGAACAAAUGAACAGUCAAUGGGAAGAAACCGAGACAGAUGAGUACUACGAAGAAGAAGAGGCUUAUUGGGAAGAGGGUAGACCUCCAAAUAGAGGAAUGAGACUCCCAUUUCCACCUGGCCGUGGUCGUCCUGGGUUCAUGCAUCGGGGACGAGGACCACCGUCUCAUUUAGCACACGGCCCAAUGGAUGAGGAGUCAUUCGGUCAUGACACUGAUGAUAUGGAAAUAGAUCCAUCAGAACAUUACACGAAUGACCCUCAUAACUUCCCAAUGCACCCAGGUGGAGGAAGAGGCAGACUGCCUCCACCACCCCAUGAAGCAAUAGGUCCUGACGGGGAAUCAUUUUAUAAUGAAGAAAUUGAGGGUGAACAGGAUUGGCUGUCACCCCAUGGGAGACCUCUAAUGUCGCAUGAAGUCAUGGAAAGGGGUGGAAUGAUGAGAAGGCCGAUGGGACGUGGUAUGGCAAGAGGUAUGAUGCGGUCAGGGUCGUCACAUGAACAUGAAGAGGGAUACAGUGAGGUUUAUGUUGAGGACUAUGGUCAUGGAGAAGAUCGCUGGCGGCCACCGCAUCCUGAUGAAACUCAACAUGAGGCCAGGUUCUUUGAUUCUAAAUGGGACCGAGAGCGACCCUCACCGGAACGGGACUUUCCGCAACACUUGCCUUCCUCGGAGCGCUUCAGGGAAGACCGUUGGCUGGAUGACAGAGAGAGAGGUCCUCAAUAUCCAUAUGAUGAUGAAUACGACAGAAGUAGAGGCGACAUUAGAAUCCGCGACUUCUCGAACGAGCCUCCGAAAGACUUAUCACAGCUUCCUCCAGAAUGGGAUCGGCCUUCAAGACUUUACCCACCAUCAGAAAGAAUGUAUCCCUCUUAUGGGGAUCACAGGGACGAACCUCCUUUGGACAGGCCUCCACACCAUGAACCUGUUCAAAACUUGCCAGAAAGCGCUAUUGAUUUAGCAGCACAAGGAGCAGGCGGAGGAAACGUGCUUGCUCUUUCUCAGCGGCAACAUGAAAUCAUCUUGAAAGCAGCUCAAGAACUUAAACGCAUAAGGGAACUGCAGGAGGGCAUGCCUGUUGAUGUUGAAUCUCAGCCUGCACCAGCUAACACAUUACCUGAGCUCCCCGCUGGGCUCCUUGGUUUGGAGAUCCCACCAGAAGUCAGAAAUGCUCUAAAGGGCAUGACUUCAGCUGCUCAGACAACUUCAUCUUGGGAUACUAAUCCUGCUGGACCUGCAGUAAUUCCAAAGACUGUGGAAUACGGGCACGGACACGAGCUCAGUGGCACUGUUGAGCGGAUAGCUUACGGCGAGCGAAUUGUAUUGAGGCCUGACCCAGACAGGGGAUAUGAAAAAGAGCCGCUCCGAGAUCCUUAUGGCAGGGAUCCAUACUAUGACAGACGCUCGGACCCUUACAUGGACCGCCGUGAGUACAGCCGAGAAAGAGAGCUCUACAGAGAAAAACCUCCACCUGAAUAUGAAAGAGAAAGAGAAAGAUUUGGGAGGGAACGCUAUCCACCAAGAGAGCGAGAUGGAAGAUCUCCACCGGCACCACAUCUUCGUCCAGGAUACAGAGAGCGAGACCGAGACUUUCACGAGAGAGACAGAAGUGGAAGCCGUGAUCGAGAAGACCCUUUUGGCAGGCCCAGUUAUGAUAGACUUCCCUAUGAGCGCUCUGCCCUCGACUGUGGGCCUGAACGCUAUACCCAUGGUUCUUCACCAUUCGACAGAAGAGGUUACCCAGAGGAUAGAGGGCCCCCAACUGCACCACUUGCACCCCCACCUCAACCACCGCCACAAGUCGAAAAGAAGCCUGAAAUUAAGAACGUGGAUGAUAUUCUGAAACAACCUGGAAGGAAAUCCAGGCCAGAGAGGAUUGUCAUCAUUAUGAGAGGGUUUCCUGGCAGCGGAAAGAGCCAUGUCGCAAAGCUCAUACGGGACAAGGAGGUGGACUGUGGCGGCGCUCCACCGAGAGUUCUGGUUUUAGACGACUAUUUCAUGAGCGAGGUUGAAAAAGUCGAGAAAGACCCAGACACGGGGAGGAGGGUCAAAAGAAAGGUCCUCGAGUACGAGUAUGAGCCGGAAAUGGAGGAUACCUACCGAAGCAACAUGCUAAAGACUUUCAAGAAAACUCUGGAUGACGGCUUUUUCCCUUUCAUCAUAAUAGACACUAUUAAUGACAGGGUUAACCAUUUUGAUCAGUUCUGGAGCGCUGCUAAAACAAAAGGUUUUGAGGUUUAUAUUGCUGAAAUAACUGCUGACACCCACACAUGUGCAAAGAGAAAUGCCCACGGACGCUCACUUAAGGACAUAACCAAGAUAGCCAACAACUGGGAGUCCACGCCACGUCACAUGGUCCGCUUGGAUGUCCGAUCCCUGCUACAGGAUGCUGCUAUAGAAGAGGUGGAAAUGGAGGACUUUAAUCCUGAGGAUGAGCCAAAAGAAGCCAAGAGAGAGGAGGAAGAAGAGGGUGACCUGGGCUACAUUCCAAAAAGCAAAUGGGAGAUGGACACAUCUGAGGCAAAACUCGACAAGCUGGAUGGUCUGAGGGGCAGCGGGAAGAGGAAGCGUGGAAGCGAGCACACGGCAGGCAUGGGGGACUAUCUUCAGCUGCCAGAUGACUACGCCACCCGCAAGUCUCAGCCAGGAAAGAAAAGGGUGCGAUGGGCUGACCUAGAAGAGCAAAAGGACGCCGAUCGAAAACGUGCUAUCGGCUUUGUGGUGGGCCAAACGGACUGGGACAAAAUUACAGACGACAGUGGCGUGCUUGCACAGAAAGCGCUCAACCGUACAAAGUAUUUCUAAGAAGAUCAUCUUAACCACUUGUUUCUGUUUUGUUUGAAGGUGUCCAGAAUAUGAAAAAUAAGACUCGGUCAGUCAAGUCUUUAUUUUCCUUGAUGAGGAUUGCAAAAUAUUUUUAAGUCUACUUCUGGUCUAUAAAUUUUUUGUCAUGAUUUUAUACGUUCAUCUGUAUUGUUGUUUCUUGACCCAUAUAGACUGUAAGAAAACAAUAAAAUUUCACACACUUCGAAUAAACGUGGAGUUAUUUUGCAUGAUAACUA